AUGGCUCUGUGGCCACCGCCUUUACCCCUCCCUUUCGCUCAGCCUCCGCCACGCCAGCUAUUGUCGCCACCGCCACCAUGGUGGCCACCAGCGUCGACAACGCCAUCCCGCGGCAAUGACAGCACUUCUUCCCCCGGAGGGAUCGUCGCCAGUGUGGCCAUUGGCCUCGUGGCGUUGCUGCUCGCGUUCGCGAUCACGUGCACCAUAUGCCAGGGGCGCCGAAACAGCCGGGCCGCCGCCGCCGACGCUCGACUGCGUCCACCACCGAAUGGUGAUGACGCCGACGGCGACAACGGCGAGCCGCACCAGCUCCGCAGGUCGGGCGCGGCUAGCCCGAGCGCCCCGCCAUGGCCCGGCGACGACGACGGCGCCACCAACAGCGCUAGCCCGACGGCCGCCAGCCUCCCGGCGUUCACGUACAGCCCGACGGUGAAGCGCAACGUGGCCGGCGACGAAGGCGAGCAGGAGACGGCGGCGGCGGCGGCGACGUGCUCGGUGUGCCUGGGCGCGUUGCGGCUCGGGGAGACGGUGCGGCUGCUGCCGGCGUGCCUCCACCUGUACCACGCCGAGUGCAUCGACCCGUGGCUGGAUGGGCACACGACGUGCCCGCUCUGCCGCUCCGACGCCGACGCCGACCCGACGGCGGCGGUCUAG